AUGAAGGAUAGCCGCUGGAACACCGUUGCCUUUCUACUCCUGCGUAUAUCACAGCUCGUGCUGGGGGUUAUUGUGUUAGGAAUCGCUGCCUAUUUCGUAUCUAUAUACGACGAAUGGUAUCCCCUUCGACCUGCCACCCCACCAAAGAGAACAAUAUCUAACUGGAAAAAUAGGUUCAUACCCUUCACCAUCGUAGUCAGCGCCUUCACCCUAGCUUGGGUGGGGGUAGGCUUAAGUCUCUUCUUCACGAACAACCUAUUCCCACUAGUCGUGAUAAUGGUGGACGUGGUCCUAGCAGUAUCCUACAUCGUCUCGAUCGCCGCACUCGCAGGCGAAUACUCCAGCGCAAUCGGCAGCCCCUGUAUCGUCUAUGACCCCUAUAAAUCGAGCCCGGACGAAUUUGUGUCCCGGCAUUGCACUACGCUGAAUGGCGGAUUUGGCAUUCUGAUCCUGGAGAUGUUGACAUUUCUGGGAGCGAUUAUCUGGGACGGCAUAGUACUGUACCAGAAUCGGAACGGAAAACGUGAGGGCUUUCCAGUCCCCGCGCGGGGUGCCGUCAAUGAGGACGAUGCUAUUGGUGAGCAGAUAGGGGAGAUCAGAGGAGCGCAUGGGAUGUGGGAACCUAUGGCGGACCCACCAGCCGGAGCUGGUGGCGCUGGUGGGAAUCACGGAGAACAACCCGUUCUGUCAUACUACCAGCCGACGGGCCCCCAGAUUUAUCCGGCUCAGACCGCACCGCCAACUGCUCCAUACAACCCGAGCACGUCACACCCCUUGGCGCCGAGGGUGCUACAGCAGGACGCCAUGAUGUAUCACCAACCCCAUGACCAGCGGCAGCAGCAGCAGAUUGAUCAGGUUCACCAGAUACAAGGGCAGCAGGACCAAUACCAACGACAGUCCCAGCAUCAGCAGUAUCCGCAGAAUCGAGGACCGCUGCCGCAUGAGUUAGGUGGAACGUAU